CCGGCUUCCGGGCGGUUCCCAGGACGUGGCUCUCGCCUUUGGCGCGCGCGGGCUUUUGUGCUCGGUGCACAAAAGAGGGAAGGCAGGCAACCAGUAGAAAAGAAAAAAAACCAUCCAUACUGAACUGGAGCAUUUUAAAGUGGAAGCAGCUGCAUCUGAAACACUGUUGGAAAAAAUCUGUCUAAAACAAUAGUACAAACCUCUCAAAUCCAAGACAAUGGGCAGGCCCAGGAAAACCUCUGGCAAUGUAUCAUCACCUCAGGCUGAUGCCGCCGUGCCAAAAACAGCCCCGGCAACCCCGCAGUCUUCUGCCUCUUCCAAGACUGUUCCCACAAGCGGUAGAGCAUCGCGUGCUCCUGCUUCCAGGAGUGAAGGUGGCAGGCAAGGGCAAGGGGUAAAGCCAGCCUGUGCCGCAAGUCCCAGAGGGACAGGACAGACUUGCCAAACGAGGUCCACGGUGGCAUAUGGUGCUGAGCAAGCAGAUGCUAAGAGCAGCCGUGGAGCGAGAUCCAAGACCGCAGCAACAGCUGGGGCAGCCCUGUCACAUGCUGAGCCCCCCGCAAGCGCUGCUGGAUCCAAAACCCAGAGCAAAGCUGCUAGGCCCCAGGGCAAAGCGAGUCUUCCCUCCCCGCUCCCAGCCACGAAAGUGGCUGAAAUAGAGAGAGAGACACGGGGCCAGCGAGUAAACCCUGAAUGGCACAAGUGGAGGGAAAACCGUAUCACGGCCUCUGUGGCCCCCAAGAUCGCCAACAGCAAGUUUGUGAAUGGGCGGAGUUCCGAGGUGCCGAAGUCAUACCUCAAGGCUGUGGUGGGACCCGGCUCCGCAGUGCAAACCCCAGCCAUGUCCUGGGGCAUCCGAAAUGAGAAGAAGGCGGUUCAGGAGUACGAAGCGCUCAAGUCCAGCCAGUCCAAGACGCCAGUGAAGGUUGAGGACUGUGGGCUCUUCAUUGACAAAGGGAACUCUUGGCUUGCUGCCAGCCCUGAUGGCAUUGUCCGAGAGGCUGAUACUGGCGAAGAACUUGGCGUUCUGGAGGUCAAGUGUCCCUACAAGCACAGAAACAAGACCGUGACAGAAGCUUGCAAGGAUAAAACCUUCUGCCUGGAGAAAGCAGGAGAUUCCUACUCCUUGAAAAAAAGCCACCCCUAUUACACACAGGUGCAGUGCCAGAUGGGAGUCACUGGCCUUGACAAGGCGGAUUUUGUGGUUCACACCAACAAGGAGACAGCAAUCGCCCCCGUUGAUUUUGACCCUGUUUUCUGGCAGGAGACGGUGCCCAAGCUGGAGAAGUUCUACACUGAUGCCGUAGUCCCUGUUCUGGAGGAGAAGGAACGGGCUGCAGUCUGGGCAAAAGAGGAAUGAUUCGCAACAUCCCUCUUCUAGUUGUGCCUUUAGCCUGCAAUGUAUUGCUUACCCCUUUCUGCUUUCUCACCCAGUAGUACAAGUCAACUCAUUGCCCCUCUGCACCUCAAGCCAACCUUGGAAAUAAAGAGGAGCCCAGGAUUGCCUGCCAUCUCGCUCCCCUGCCACUUGCCUGUCCGUGUUGCAGGAAGAAGGCCUCCGCGGCUGUUUAUCCUUUGUCCAUGUUGCAUAAAAAGUAAUGCUGUUUUUUCCCAUGGCUGCCAGGCUAGGCAAGAUUCAGUGUUGCUGUGUUGCCAUUUCUUCUGCAGCAAGUUGGUUGUCCCAGCGGCUUGUCCAUGCUUCCAGGGGCCAGGCAAUGGGGAUAACAUGAUGGGGGGAGCGGGAGAAUGCACCGUAAUGCCACUCACUCCACACAACUGGCAAUUCCACAGAGGGCUUAACAGUUCCAUGUCAGUUCUGAUUGUAACUCAGCUUAAAGCUGGGACCUUGGGAUGUUCUGAUUUUUCUUAUAAGGCAGAGCCAUAUUUGACAGGAUGCUUAUACUUCCGUCCUGAACCAAUGCAAAAAGGUUUUGUUUUUCUCAAGAAAUGACUCAGGUGAUGUUUACUGAGCUGGAUGGAAAAGAAAUGGAUGGCAUGCAGUUAAAAGUCAGAGGUCUUGAGCGUAAAUCAGGACCAACCUGAACUCUGCCGUUCAUCUUAGGAAUGGACUCCUGUGAAUUGUGUGAAAGUUUAGCUCUGCACAAGGACAUAGAAGCAUAGAAGUUACUGAUUACUCAUUUAGCUAUGAAUCCUGCUGAUAUUGGCCAACAAAUUAAAACCUUGUACACCCCUGCCAUCCAGCUAAGAAGAUAGGUUGCUCCUUUCCUGCAUCCCAAUGUCGAUUUAGACAUAGGGGGUUUCUUUGCUGCCAUGUUAACUGAGAACUGCAGGAACAUCUUGGUUUUUGAAGCCACCUGCAACUUGGGGAAUAAAAAAAUGUGUAUUUAGAAAAUCGUAAUUAUGUUUAAAAUCUGCUUAUGAUCGUUGCAUCUUUGUUUAGCACAGAAACUUAGUUCUUAGGACAUAGAAAGCCAGCCAAAUUGUAGAGCUUGAUUGCUGUUUUUGCCCAGUUUCUCUAUGUAGAAUGAAGUCUAUGUCCAAUAAAAGCAUUCACUUAGCAUAA